UCUGGCAAAUCCCGCGGGCCCAAGUCUCAGGGCAGUUCUCACGAGAACUCGAACGAGACUUGAGAGCGCGGAGAGACCGGUCCAGCGAGGAGGAGACGGAGCAAUGUUGUUCUACUCAUUCUUCAAGUCCCUGGUGGGCAAAGACGUGGUGGUGGAGCUCAAGAAUGACCUCAGUAUCUGUGGGACGCUACACUCCGUAGACCAGUACCUUAACAUCAAGCUGACCGACAUCAGUGUCACUGACCCCGAGAAGUACCCACACAUGCUCUCGGUGAAGAACUGCUUUAUCCGGGGUUCCGUCGUCCGCUACGUGCAGCUCCCGGCAGACGAGGUGGACACGCAGCUCCUGCAGGACGCCGCGCGAAAGGAGGCCACACAGCAGAAGCAGUAGACACGGAGACGUGGAGACACGGAGACACGGGGACACGGGGACAUGGGGACAGAGAUAUGGGGGCGAUGAGAUGCAGGGGACAGAUACAGUGACGUGGGAACGAAGAGAGAUGAGGACGUGGGGACGAUGAGACACGGGGACAAUGGUAUGCGAGGACAAAGAUAUGGAGAUGCAGGGACACGGACAUGAUGAGACAUGGCCAAAACAAAGAUGUGGGGACCCAGGGAAUUAUGGGACACAGGGAUGAUGAGACAUGGGAACACAGGCAUGUGGGGGCAGGGAGAUGCAGAAAUAUGAGGACAUAGAAACAAAGAGAUAGGGGUAAGCGGGGAGACACGAGGAGACGGAUACACGGACACAUCUGGGCACAGUGCAGGGAGCACGGUGCCAGGUUGCGUGCGAGAGAUUUGUGGGCAGGGGGUGGAGCGCCCUGAGGCAUCCAGUUGUUGAGAUGAGGUUGUGAGGGUCCAGAAGAUCAGAGUCUCGAUUGAGACCGAGCUGCAGGAGACCACCUUCAAGACCAAUGUCUUCAGACUUGGUUCCUAGGCACAGUUUGUGGGCCGGGGCUGGGCCAUGCUGAGAUAAUGGCCGUACUCAGGUGGCGGCCUUAGGACGGGGUGGUGACCUUUGCCUAGUUGUGGGAAGCUACAGACUGACAACAGUCACAACAACACCGAACACCGACACGACGCUUGCAGAGUGAGUAGGUAGUGAGUGACUGGAACCGGAGUGAUUGGAACCAGAGUGACUGGAACCGUAGUCUCGACACAGCAGGGAGAGGCGAGUAAAGUUGGCCUCCCUGUGUCUUCUCAACGUCUCUUCUCCCCAUGUCUCGCUGUGUCUUCUCCCUGUGUCUCGUUCCUGUGCCUCUCUGUGUCUCCCUCCCCGUUUCUCCUCCCCAUGUCUCCUCUGUGGCUCCUCCCCGUGAAUUGUAAGUGAAUGUUCGUACGGAGUCGGUUUUUGUUUCGUUUGGUGCGGGUGUCAUUUGUUUUGUUUUUUUAUAAAUAAACGUGUACAGCACUGCUGC